AUGUCUGAAACAGAGCAUCCCAAAGGGAUUUUGAGAAACAGCGAAACCCAUGACUACUCUCAUCCGGUGAACAGUGAUUAUGAUAGAAAGCUUGUUUUAGAAAACACCAAGAAGAACGCCGAAUUAUUCAAACAAACUUCGAGUGAAGGGGAUAAAAUCAGAGAGGAAAUUGCCAGGAAGAAGAAACUCCAUGAUGACGGUGUGCAUUUCAAUAAGGAGAACUUGGAAGAAAAUGAUAAAUUGAAAGCAUCAAUGACGUUCACCAAGAUCGACGAACCAAAGACACCGUACCAAGGCCCAAUCAGCGAGGAGAACGAUUAUUAUAGAGAUGAUAACGAAGACGAUGAGAAUGAUAAACAGGCAAAGGAAAAUGGCGGAUCAAUACCAGACUUCUCUUUAGGGGAAGGGGAAUGUGAUGUUUCUGAAGGAGAAGUGUUUUUGGAUUCUUUACAUGGUAGUAAAAUUAUUCCUUCAGAAAAAGAAGAAAUCAAUGAACCAUAUCCAGAAGCCGAAAAAGAAUUGAGUCCUGAAGAAUUGAAGCAUAAAAAGUUUGAAGAAAUGAGAAAGAAACAUUAUCAUAAUGAAGUUAUCAAUCCUUUAAAAAUGGCAUCGGUGUUGACCGAAGAAGAAGAUGAUGAGGAAGAAGAUUAA